CACCCUCUAUAGGGUGCCCCCCACCUAUAGGGCCCGGCCAUGACCCUGUUUCACUUCGGGAACUGCUUCGCGCUCGCUUAUUUCCCCUAUUUCAUCACGUACAAGUGCAGCGGCCUGUCCGAGUACAGCGCCUUCUGGCGCUGCGUCCAGGCCGGAGCCACCUAUGUGCUGGUGCAGCUGGGAAAGAUGCUGUUCCUGGCCACGUUCUUCCCCACAUGGGAGGGGCCUUCGGGGGGCUUUGACCUGGUUGGGGAGUUCCUUAGGGCCACUGUGGACGUGCUGGACCUGGGGGGGCUGCAGUUGGCUUUGGGCCGGGGGGGGGCCGGGGGGAAGCUUCGAAUCCUCGUGGCUGCUCUGGGCUGGGCCAGCGCCGAGCUCCUCACAUCCAGGUGCGUGCCGCUGUGGGUCGGAGCACGGGGGGUGGAGUUCGACUGGAGGCACCUGCAGAUGGGGCUGGACUCCAACAUCAGCCUGGCUCGUCACGUGGCCGCGGCCGCCUGCUGUGGGUCUCGGGGCGCCAGGAGCUGCCCCCACGCUCGCGCCUGCCCCUGGGGGGGCUCCUCCUGGCCGCAGCCUAUGAGGGCUUCCUGAGCGGGUGGGCGGGGCAGGCGCUGGGGCUGGGGCCCUGGGGGGCGCUGGGGCUGCGGGCGCUGGGCGCUGUGGGGCUGGGGCUUGGGGCCCUGCGGCUCCUGGCCCCACUCCUGCCCCCCCCCUGAAG